AUGGACUCAGUUAAUGUGACCUUGAAGGAGAUCCCUUACCAACUACCAGCAACAGUAUUGGAAGCACUCAUGCGUUUAACGAAGAGGGCGGACGAAAAAUACGUUGAACUUCGAUAUCUGGUAAACAGCUCGAUACCAAACCGUGUUAUUGAAGACCCCAUUUGUUUACGCCAGGUUAUUAUCAAGUUGGUUGGAAAUGCCAUCAAGUUUGCAGAGCAGGAGGAAGUCAAAAUUACGGUUCAAAUCGCAAAGCAUGAUCCCGCCACUGCAGAAAAACAAGCUCUAGAGGAUGUUGUCUCAGAUAAUGUCCUCGGCCUAUCUUUGUACAAAGACCUUGCAGAGCAAAUGGGAGGAGACAUCCGGGUGGAGAGUCGGUAUGGCAAGGGGACCUCGUUUUUCUUUACGAGCGUAUUAUGGCGCGCUGUCUCCGAUGAAAGCUCCAUCUCGGAGCAGCUCAAACCGUACGAUGACCACAGCGUACUCUUCAUUGAUCAAGGACGGAUCGGGCACGAAAGGCAAAUCGCGUUGAUGUUGGAGGAACUUGGUUUUGUUCCAGCCACUGCUGACUCAGUCUCGCACAUUAGGCAGCCACGAGAGGGGGAUGUAUGA